UAACAUCCGGGUACUGCGGUCGUGGUGGGGGGGGGGGUUGCUCAAGAUGGCGGCGGCGUUGUGCACUCCCGACAUUUGUAGGAGCUGGGAUAAAGGCGGGCGGUCUGACUUCUUGAAGCUGUGCCGGAACCUCUCGGAAGAUGGGAACGCAAGCGACACAUCUGUCAAAGACAUCCGCCGUGCCCUAUACGAGCUGGUCUCUAACGUCAUUAAAAAUACUUUGAAACUGGACCAUGCUAUGGGGGUACUCAGUGAGGUGCUGGACUUGAGGAAUGACUUGCCAUCUGUACUUGCGGAUGUGUUCUGCAUCCUUGAUAUUGAGACAAGCUGCCUUGAGGAGAAGGCUCAGCGUGAGCGAUUUGUACAACUAGUCCAAGCAUGCACUCCUCUGGUGUCCGAGGUGGUGUUGAAAGAGCGCCUGGACCCAGAGACACUGGAGACGUUGGGUCUAAUCAAACAGGCCUCCCAGUUCAACCAAAAAUCUGUGAAGAUCAAAACCAAACUCUUUUACAAGCAACAGAAGUUCAACCUCCUGCGAGAAGAGAAUGAGGGAUAUGGGAAGCUGUUCACUGAGCUGUGUCAGGACUUGUCUGGGAUCAUCACGAGUGACAUUAUGCUGGAGAGCAUCAAGUCCCUUAUUGGCUGCUUUAACCUGGACCCCAAUCGCGUGCUGGAUCUUGUACUUGAGGCAUUCGAAUGCCGGCCUGAGUACGCGCAAGAAUUUUAUCUCCCUCUGCUGGAGUCCUACAUGAACACGUGCGAGCCACAGACACUCUGCCACGUCCUUGGGUUCAAGUUCCACUUUUACCAGGAACCAAAUGGAGAGACGCCACAGUCUCUGUACCGUGUGGCAGCCCUGCUGCUGCAGAGUGAGCUGAUCGACUUGGAAGACCUCUAUGUGCACCUCCUGCCCGUGGACAGCGAGAUGGUUGAGCAGCACAAGCGGGAGUUUGCCGAAGUCCGGCAACUCUUCCGCAAGAUGAACAUGGUCGUGCUGCCCACCGACAAGCCUGAGGAGAAGGAGAAGGAAAAGGACAAGGAGGACGAGCCGAAAGAAAAGUUGCCAGACAACCAGAAGUUGGGCCUGUUGGAGGCCUUGCUGAGGGUUGGCGACUGGCAGCACUCCCAAUGCAUCAUGGACCGCCUGCCACCCUUCUUCACCUCAUCCCAGAGGCCCAUAGCUGCAGCAAUGUGCCUGCUUAUACACUCUACCAUAGAGCCUUUGUAUAGGAGGUCGGGACUGCCGCGUGGAGCCAAGGGACGGCCGUUCCCGCCGCUGCAGAAUCCGCGGGCGUUGCCGCUGGUGCGCUCUUUCUGGGACAUGCGGCGCGACAUUUUCCAGAUGCUCACCUACGUCGGGCCCCACCUCAGCCACGACCCCGUGCUCUUCGCCAAGAUUGUACGCCUCGGCAUGGCGUUCAUGAAGGAGUAUUCAGCGGAUGCAUCAAAAUCAAGCGAUAAAGAAAAAUGGGAAUCUCUGCUGAGUUGUUUCCUAAGUAUCACGGACCAAGUACUGCUGCCUUCACUGUCACUCAUGGAGUGCAAUGCGUGCAUCUCUGAGGAGCUGUGGGGGCUGGUGCGCUGCUUCCCCUACCAGUACAGGUAUCGGCUUUAUGGCCAGUGGAAGAACGAAACAUACGCCAGCCACACACAGCUCGUGAGGAUCAAAGUGCAGACCGUCGACAGAUCGAAGUACCUCAUGAAGCGUUUGACCAAGGAAAAUGUGAAGCCUUCGGGCAGGCAGAUUGGGAAACUGAGUCACAGCAACCCCACCAUUCUCUUUGACUAUAUCUUAUCCCAAAUCCAGAAAUACGACAACUUGAUCAACCCAGUGGUGGACUCGCUCAAGUACCUCACCUCCCUCUCGUAUGAUGUGCUUGCCUACUGUAUCAUAGAAGCGCUCGCGAAUCCAGACAAGGAGAAGAUGAAGCACGAUGACACCACCAUCUCCCUUUGGCUUCAAAGUCUCGCAAGCUUUUGUGGAGCUGUUUUUCGCAAGUACCCAAUAGAGCUCACUGGCCUCCUGCAGUACGUGGCCAACCAGCUCAAGGCUGGGAAGAGUUUUGACCUGCUGAUACUCAAAGAGGUGGUGCAGAAGAUGGCCGGCAUCGAGAUCACGGAGGAGAUCACCAACGAGCAGCUGGAGGCGAUGGCCGGGGGAGAGCUCCUCCGAGCCGAGGGUGGCUACUUUGGGCAGAUCAGGAACACGAAGAAAUCGUCGCAGCGUCUCAAGGACGCCCUGCUGGACCACGACCUGGCGCUACCGCUUUGCCUGCUCAUGGCGCAGCAACGCAAUGGCGUCGUCUUCCACGAGGGCGGCGCCAAGCACCUCAAGCUCGUCGGCAAGCUCUACGACCAGUGCCAUGACACGCUUGUGCAGUUUGGAGGAUUCCUGGCAUCCAACAUGAGCACGGAGGACUACGUUCGACGCAUGGCGCCCAUCGACAUGCUGUGCCUGCAGUUUCACGCGCCGCACGACGCUGCCUUUUUCCUUUGCAGGCCGAUGUACGCACACCAGAUCAUGUCCAAGUACGAGGAGCUCAAGAAGGCAGACAAAGGCAACAAACUGAACAAGACACAGCGUUACAUCCAAGCGAGCAUGGCGGUGAUGAGCCCCGUGCAGGAGGCGGUGACAGCGCUUCACCCGACGCGCGUCUGGGAGGACAUCAGCCCACAGUUCUAUGGCACCUUCUGGACGCUCAGCAUGUAUGACCUGUCGGUGCCCACGGCGAGCUACGAGCGCGAGGUCGGCAAGCUCAGGGCACAGUUGCGCGCCAUCGACGACACGCAGGACAUGCCUCCAAACAAGAAGAAGAAGGAAAAGGAGCGGUGCAUGGCACUGGUGGACAAGCUGAACGACGAAGAGAAGAAGCAACAAGAACACGGGAAUCGAGUGCUGAUUCGGCUACGGCAGGAGAAGGACAAUUGGUUCCUUGCAAAGUCAACGAAGAAUGAGACCAUCACGAAGUUCCUGCAGCUGUGCGUUUUCCCGCGCUGCAUCUUCACGUCGAGCGACGCAGUCUACUGCGCCAAGUUUGUGGAACUCGUGCACCAGCUCAGGACCAACAACUUCUCCACACUGCUGUGCUACGACCGGGUCUUCUCGGACAUCAUCUACACAGUGGCGAGCUGCACGGAGAACGAGGCGAGUCGCUACGGGCGCUUCUUGUGCAGCAUGCUGGACACGGUGACGCGCUGGCACCGCGACCGCGCCAUCUACGACAAGGAAUGCGGGAGCUUCCCCGGGUUCAUCACGAUCCUGCGGGCCGUGGGCUCGGACGGCGCCAACAAAGCGGACCAUCUGGACUACGAGAACUUCCGCCACGUCGUCUACAAGUGGCACUACAAGCUCACAAAGGCAUCGGUGAACUGUCUGGAGACGGGCGAGUACACGCACAUCCGCAACAUCCUCAUUGUGCUCACCAAGAUCCUGCCCUUCUACCCCAAAGUGCUGAACCUGGGCCAGGCACUGGAGCGUCGCGUGCAGAAGAUUUGCCAGGAUGAGAAGGAGAAACGGCCCGACCUCUACGCUCUCGCCAUGGGCUACUCGGGGCAGCUGAAAAGCAAGAAGGUGGCCAUGGUGCCCGAGAACGACUUCCACCACAAGGAGCCGCCCAAGGCGGCGGGCACCCCCUCCUCCACGCCGACCACGCACAGCUCGUCCACCAGCCCCGCGCAGGCCAACGGGCAGUCGAACGAGGGCCACGGCACCGCGCACAACAUGACCACGGGCGGCCGCGCGGACGACGGCAGCCAGGGAGAUGGAGAGAAAUCCAAGGACAAGCUGUCCAGUGGUGGGAAACCCACGGGGAAAAGUAGCAGCUCUAUGGCUGGAAAGGCAGCAGGAAAUGGGAGUAACUCCACCAGUAGCAAAAGCAGUAAGGACAAAGAGGACCCGUCGAUGACUAAAGACAAGGAGCGGUGGGACAGGGAAGCUGGGACUCCGGAGGGCAAGGCCGGAGGCGGAGGCAGCAGCAGCAGCAGCAAGGAGCGCACGUCUCGUGACGAGCGCUCGGGCCGUGACGAGCGUGGAAGCAGGGGGGGGGAGCCCAAGGAGCGCACGGCAAAGUCGUCCGACCGGGAUAAGGAUCGCGACAAGGCGAAAAAGGACGACAAGUCCUCCUUCGGCAAGGAGGAGAAGUCAAAACAGCUGCCGCCGCCGACUUCCACGCCGCCGACUGGCGGCUCGGAGGGUCGGCAGGAGCGAGAUUUCGGCAAGGAGAAAGAGGGCAAGUCGAAGGAUGGGCAAAAGAGCGAGAGAUCCAACCUGACGUCCCCUUCGGCGUCGUCGAGCUCCGGGACCUUGAAGUCGCCCACGCCGCGCUUGGAUAUGUCAGAUUCUGAUAGAGAGCAAAAGCGGCGUAAGCUCGACAGCCACACCUCGCCAUCCCAUGCCUCCGCUGUAAAGGAUGGACAGGGAGAGUUCAGAGACCCAUCAGCCAAGCUCCAAAACCUACACCAGCUCGGCAGCGGGGGUGGGGCCCGCGGGCGCUCCCACAGCAGAGAGCGGGACGUGGAGAGGAGGGAGCAGUUUCACGAGCGCUCGCGCGAUCGCGACAAGAAGGAACGCAAGCGGGACCAUUCAGGGGCUGAGCGAGAUCCGUCCAACGAAAACAAGCGCCGGAAAGAUGAAAACGGCCUGAACAUGGGGACAAAGCACAGCAAGAGCAACAGCCCGACUGACUCUCCCAAGGAGAGGGACAAGGAUAAAAGCAAGAGCUCCAAGGUGUCUGGCAACAAGGAGAAGAUUGCAGGGGACUUCUCAAAACACGAGAAAGGAAGUUCCUCGAGUGGCAAGAAGGAUAUCCAUCAUGAGAAAGAGAAGGAAAAGAAGGAGAAAAAGGACGGAGCCCGUGGAAAGGAGGAAAAAAAGCAAUAUCCUUUGUCGAGCACAGGUGUGCAGCGGCGCAGUGUUAAGAGCAGCAUGGUGUAAGAGCUGUUUUUGUUCACACCCCAUUGCCAAAAUCUCCCAACCGCUAAAUGCAACAAGAUGGUUUUCUGUUAAUUUACAAACUCGGUUUGGCAGAAAUGACAGUUUGGUCAUGAGCACUUAUGAGUGUGAAAGUAAUCUGUUUAUUGGUAUAUUCCGGGGUCAUUUCAUGAGGCUUGGAGAUGGUUGAUGAAAUACAUUUAAAUGCAAUGUUUGUGUAUUGGUAGCAUCGUUGAAUUACUGUUAUGCCUUAACUGUGUCACUCAUAAAUCAUCUUCAGACAAACACAGAUGAUCCCUUUCCUGGGACAGAUGCACCAUGGUGGGAAAGCAGGGUCGGCGUGAUGCUACACACAAAAAAAUUAAAUAUUUUUAAAUAUCUUUACAAAAUGCGUGGAUUAUGAGUGUUGCUUUGUCAUCUGCAGUGCAGAAAGCCACAUCAUUCUCCCACACACUGCCUUCGAACCCAACGGUUCUCAUAAGGCGACGUUACGUCAUCCACUCUGCGUCAAAAUAAUGCGGCCCUGCUAUUUAUAUACUGCGCACCCCAAGUGCUGUGAGCUGCAGAUUGAUAGCCCAGUUAAAUUUUUUUGUAACUUCCCCACAGGAUGGACUAAGCUUAGGAAUAAAAUUAUUACAAGCCACUCCGCUCUGGCAAGCGUAACACAUCUGACCAAGGAACCCGUUUUUGCAAUCUGAGCAGCAAAGAUUGCACAGUUGUCACAUUUGUGAGCACACACUUGACUUUUGAAAUCCAAGUGAAUGCAUUUUUAUAUUUGCCGUGGAUCGCCACCGUACUCCUUUUGUCACAAGGAGCUCUUAACCAAGUGGAAUGCGUGCUUGAGGGAGCGGUGUGUGUAUUGUAACCGGUAGAAAAUGAAUAGUCAUGAAAUGGUAAAAAAGUGAUGCGUGCUCCCCCUUUUCUGCUGGCGAGUGUGGAGCCAUUGUAAAUUAUGUUGUAGCUCUGCACCAGGCGGUGGAUGCAGAGGAAUCUGUUUUACACAGCCCUGAGCAAUUUUAUCCUUUUGUAUCGGAUUCAAAUAAAUAUCGCAAACCAGGGGCGUUAGUUUGAAUGUGAAUAAACUUGGUUAAAUUUUGUACGCGUGGCUGAGGUUAUUUCUCAAACGCGCGGCAGGUUUUUCAGACUUGUAUUAUUUGCUUAGUUCAAAAUGUUUUCCUAGUUUUUAACCGUUUCGUUCUGUUUAUUGAAAGUUAAAUUGUAAAAGAGGGUGAAAUAAAAUCAUUGUUUGGUUUUAUUUUUUUGUGUUCAUGUCCAGCCACAGUCCUCAUGUCUUUCGAAAUGCAUAAUGUAAAUGAUUUAUAUUGGCCGACUCGUGGUUGUGUUUAUUAUCGUUUGUUUCUGUAAUAGGGCUGUUGGACAAAUGGCUGAAAAACUACAGUUAAAUGUAUUAUAUUGCAUUUUUGAUUGUUACUGAAAAAAUAAAUGGCUCAUUUUAA